AACUGUCUACUGGCGUAACAACACGAAAGCACUUCUAUGGGAUGUGGUCGAGAGAUAUGCACAGCAAUGAGUGUUUCCCACGCAAGGCGAAAUGAUAUUUCUAUGUGUGAAGGCUUGUAUGAUUAACCAUACAUGAUUUGAUUGUUUGUCAUCAAGAGGAUGGUCGACAAAGCUGAAGUAAAAUACGGCAGUAUGUCCAACUUCACCAGCACAGGUAACUCAAGUUUAAAUGAUCGAAGUGCUUUAAAGAAUAUAAUGCAAAUUGCGAUACCAAGUGGUUUUGCUCUUUUUAUUAUAAUCCUGCUAAUCUUUAUGGUAAUAUGUUGCAAAAAGAGAACACAUUCGUCGAAAUCAAGUUACACAGUUGAAGUUGUCCCCAGUCCAGUGUCACUCGAUACCAAGAUCAGUAUAAUAGAGACUCCUGAUAGUCCAAUUCCAAUAUAUUCUGAAGCCGCUGAACGUCCGCAAUCAUUUGGAACGAUAGGAGAAGUUGAUAUCGAUGACGUCGACACUGAGGAUUGUAUAGUUACGCAAGAUACACGUGUGGAUGUUAAGUCAAUAUGUGUAGAUACACAUGAAGUGUCACUGGUGAAUAUAUCAGAAGAAAUGUUGGAUAAUUUUGAACAAAAUUAUGAAAAUGUACAGGCAAAUGAAACCCAAUACGAAAAUAUUGAAAACCUGGAAAACGUUUACGAGACCAUGAACGAAACUGAACGAUACUCCUAUGCAUAUGGUCACGUGAAAAUUGAUGACGUCAAUGACGUCAAUGAUGGCUACGUUGUUAUGAACAAAUGUCAGAGUGAUGACGAAUGUGAGUAUGGAUAUGCAUAUGAUUGGAUGACAAGUACUUUAAGAAAAACAACAAGUGAGGCCUUGUUAGAACAUAAUGACUUUCUUAAAGAUAACGAGGAUGAUAAUUUUUAUUCUAAUUACGAAGCAGUUUCAAAAGAUUCAAUCAAAAACGUUGAAACAUCAGGAGAAGUCGUCGAUGUGGAAUAUGUGAAGGUUUUAUGAAGGUUAAAUUUUUAUUAAUGAUUACUUUGUAUAUUUUUUUAUAUUUCAAAUAAAUUUUUGCACAUCUUUUACACAAAGUUUUGGACACUUAGUGUUUUUUGCUUUGCUAUUUUGGUGUUUCAAAAUAAGAUAAAUUAUGGUACUCUAUACCUUAAUUGGCAAAUGCGAAACUGUUGUGUGGGAGUGGUUUUUUGUGAAGAAAAAUCGAGAAACAUGUGAUAUGUUGAAGCAAUUAUUAUAAAAAAAAACUCAUAAUACGCAAAUACAUAAAAAAUGAAUCAUGUGUUGGCGAAUCCCCCAGCAUCCUAUUUAAAACGGAAAGUAUAGUACUGUAUUCUUCUUGAAUUUUAAGUAAGAUUACGUAAAGUAAGUUUGCCUGAAAACGGCAACGGUAAAGUAAGUGCUUCCUCAAAUUGCAUUUCCUGGCAGCCAGUUCAAGUUUCACAACUAUAUAUACAUUCGUCAGGUUGUCUUGUUCAUGAUCAUACAGUAAGAAUGUUAUCCAAAAAACGUACUCAAUCAACGAUGGUUCAAAUUCAACGAUUGUUGCCCGUGUUAUGUUUCGCUCGGAUCGUUGCUAGCAGCUCACACGUGUGGUUAUCGGUUAGAGCAGUAGAAACAGAAGUCAAAAAAGCAGGAACAUGUUUUAAAGAUGAUCACCACGGAAUCCAUGAAUCAUGUCGGAGAAGAUCGUACAUAACAGCAAAAUCAUACUGGCAAAAUGAGGAUUUAUGCUUUGCUGAUGUGAAAGAAGACAUCUUCAAUAAGUCAUUUGCGUCUAAUGUUACGAUGAUCAAUGCUGGCAGUUGUAAUAUAACACACAAGCAGAGAAUAGUUAUGUUUCUCAAUGAUAACUGCACCUGGCCUGUCAAAGAUGUUCCAAAUCAGAAAUUCUACUCCAUAAUCCUGAGAUGCAAAAAUAUUUCAGAAUUUCUCUGUUUGAUAACGUCGAUCCAUUCAUUCAAGCCUAUCCAUGUCAAAACAUCAAGAACCUGUUUACGCAAACAGCUAAACAAGACGGCUCUCAUACCCAGUGGCUUUCACACGACUAGCAUGCAGAAGACGUCUGAAAAUAUUGGGAAAAUGAACUUUUUUAGUCAUGUGAAAAUGUACGUUAUUCAUAUUUCUGGAGCAAUAGGUGGAGUUCUUCUAAUUAUCAUAAUACUUCUGGCAAGUUACUUAUGGAAAGUUAUCAAGAGCAGUAAAAGAAAGAAACCUGUUUCCGAACAGGAUGAUAUCUAUCUUGAGCCAAUCGAUAAUCACAUGGUUCAGCAACAAGAACCACAUGAUUAUGCGUACGCCUACGAUCAUUUGAUGAACAUUAAUGGUUUAAACAGGAUAAGGCCGACGAGCUCGUCACCGUGGGAGGAACAACAUGAUUUUAUGAACUCAACCCUGUCAGUUCAAAUCUUAAAUUCUGAUGAAGUUCAAGACUAUUUAAACAUGAACGAACAAAACCAGUAUGUAGUAACGAACAGUCGUUAUGCAUCUUUAAACGAAUUAGACAUGGUUGACAGCAAUGAUUCAACAUAUCAAAGCUUGUUAAAAGAAGAGAAAGAAGAAAGAAAAAUUCCCCCGAAGGUUGCACCCAAACCAAAGAUGCGACCUUAGAAAAUGAAUGCAUGUGAACUUUUUAGUUAUAUGAAAAUUUGUAAACUUUUAUUAACUAAUUUAAUAUCUUCAAGAAAAAGUAAUAAGCUUUUACGGCUAACAUUUGGGACAUUUAAAUUGUCUGUGCGUCAUCCGCAUCUACUUGACAAUAGGGCUGUGUUCGUUUUCUUUAUCUUAUUAUGAUACUAUUAUUAAAAAUGUCUUUGUCCUUAAUAAAAA